GAGGUGGGGUGCGGGGAGAACAGAUCCCGGAGACGGCGGCGAGGCCGCAGCAUGCAGCCCGCCCAGGUGGCAGAGGGGCUGAGGCUGGCGUGGAGCCGGGCAGGCGGCGGGCGCCCCUCCCCGCCGCUCGAGCCCUCCCACUUCCUCCGAGGGAGCCGGGCUGUCAGGGAGCCCGCGACCGCGCGCAGUGCAGGCUCGAGGCGCCGCGCCGAGGAGGCUGCCGCUCUGGCUCGCCGCCGCCCGCCGCCGCUCCGCACCCGGCUCCCGCCGCCGCGCCGCGGGCCAUGGGGCUGCCCAGGGGCCUCCUGGUGGCCUGGGCGCUCAGCCUGUGGCCAGGGUUCACGGACACCUUCAACAUGGACACCAGGAAGCCCCGCGUCAUCCCUGGAUCCAGGGCCGCCUUCUUUGGCUACACGGUGCAGCAGCAUGACAUCGGCGGCAGGAAGUGGCUGGUUGUGGGCGCUCCACUGGAAACCAAUGGCCACCAGAAGACAGGAGACGUGUACAAGUGUCCGGUGACCCAUGGGAACUGCACCAAGCUCAACCUGGGAAGGGUCACCCUGUCCAACGUGUCUGAGCGGAAAGACAACAUGCGCCUUGGCCUGAGCCUGGCCUCCAACCCCAAGGACAACAGCUUCCUGGCCUGCAGCCCGCUCUGGUCCCAUGAGUGUGGGAGUUCCUACUACACCACAGGGAUGUGUUCAAGAGUCAACUCAAACUUCAGGUUCUCCAAGACCGUGGCCCCAGCUCUCCAACGGUGCCAGACCUACAUGGACAUCAUCAUUGUCCUGGAUGGCUCCAACAGCAUCUACCCCUGGGUGGAGGUUCAGCACUUUCUCAUCAACAUCCUGAAGAAAUUUUAUAUUGGCCCUGGGCAGAUUCAGGUUGGAGUUGUUCAGUAUGGAGAAGACGUGGUACAUGAAUUUCACCUGAAUGACUACAGGUCUGUAAAAGACGUGGUGGAAGCUGCCAGCCACAUUGAGCAGAGAGGAGGAACAGAGACCCGGACAGCAUUUGGCAUCGAAUUUGCUCGCUCAGAGGCUUUCCAGAAGGGUGGAAGGAAAGGCGCCAAGAAGGUGAUGAUUGUCAUCACGGAUGGCGAGUCCCACGACACCCCUGACCUGGAGAAGGUGAUCCAGCAAAGCGAGAGGGACAACGUGACCAGAUACGCUGUGGCCGUCCUGGGCUACUACAACCGCAGGGGGAUCAAUCCAGAAACUUUUCUAAAUGAAAUCAAAUACAUCGCCAGCGACCCUGAUGACAAGCACUUCUUCAAUGUCACCGAUGAGGCAGCCCUGAAGGACAUUGUUGAUGCCCUGGGGGACAGGAUCUUCAGCUUGGAAGGCACCAACAAGAAUGAGACCUCCUUCGGGCUGGAGAUGUCACAGACGGGCUUUUCCUCCCACGUGGUGGAGGACGGGGUUCUGCUGGGAGCUGUUGGCGCCUAUGACUGGAAUGGAGCCGUGUUGAAGGAGACCAGCGGCGGGAAGGUCAUUCCUCUGCGAGAGUCCUACCUGAAGGAAUUCCCUGAGGAGCUCAAGAACCACGGCGCGUAUCUAGGGUACACAGUUACGUCGGUCGUGUCCUCCAGGCAGGGGUGGGUGUAUGUGGCUGGAGCACCCCGGUUCAACCACACAGGCAAAGCCAUCUUGUUCACCAUGCACAACAACCGGAGUCUCACCAUCCACCAGGCCCUGCGGGGUGAGCAGAUAGGCUCUUACUACGGGAGUGAGAUCACCUCGGUGGACACCGACGGCGACGGAGUGACUGACGUCCUGCUGGUGGGCGCGCCCAUGUACUUCAGCGAGGGCCGAGAGCGAGGCAGGGUGUACGUCUACAGCCUGAGCCAGAAUCGGUUUGUUUAUAAUGGAACGCUGAAGGAUUCCCGCAGUUACCAGAACGCCCGAUUCGGGUCCUCCAUCACCUCGGUUCGCGACCUCAAUCAGGAUUCCUACAAUGACGUGGUGGUAGGAGCCCCUUUGGAGGACAACCACCGGGGAGUCAUCUACAUCUUUCACGGUCUCCAAGGCAACAUCCUAAAGACCCCGAAGCAGAGAAUCACCGCCUCAGAGCUGGCUCCCGGCCUCCAGUACUUCGGCUGCAGCGUCCAUGGGCAGUUGGACCUUAACGAGGAUGGGCUUGUGGACCUAGCGGUGGGCGCCCUCGGCAGCGCUGUGAUUUUGUGGUCCCGCCCUGUGAUUCAGAUCAAUGCCAGCCUCCACUUUGAGCCACCCAAGAUCAACAUCUUCCACCGGGAUUGCAAACGCACCGGCAGAGAUGCCACCUGCCUGGCCGCCUUCCUCUGCUUCACGCCUGUCUUCCUGGCACCCCAUUUCCAACUGGGGACAGUUGGCAUCAGGUACAACAUCACCAUGGAUGAGAGGCGGUACACGCCACGGGCACACCUGGAUGAGGGCGGGGACCGAUACACUAACAGGGCUGUCCUGCUCUCCUCCGGCCAGGAACACUGUGAGCGGAUCAGCUUCCACGUCUUGGACACCGCUGACUACGUGAAGCCAGUGACCUUCUCAGUUGAGUAUUCCCUGGAGGACCCCGACCACGGCCCCAUGCUGGACGACGGCUGGCCCACUGCCCUCAGAGUCUCGGUGCCCUUCUGGAAUGGCUGCAGUGAGGACGAGCACUGUGUCCCCGACCUCCUGCUGGAUGCGCACAGUGACCUGCCCACAGCCAUGGAGUACUGCCAGAGGGUGCUGAGGAAGCCUGUGCAGGACUGCUCCACAUACACGCUGUCCUUUGACACCACGGUUUUCAUCAUAGAGAGCAUGCGCCGGCGGGUGGCGGUGGAGGCCAUGCUGGAGAACAGGGGCGAGAAUGCCUAUAGCACAGUCCUAAAUAUUUCACAAUCAACCAAUCUGCAGUUUGCCAGCUUGAUCCAGAAGGACGACUCAGACGGCAGCAUCGAGUGCGUAAACGAGGAGAGGAAACUCCACAGGAAAGUCUGCAACGUCAGCUACCCCUUCUUCCGGGCCAAGGCCAAGGUGGCUUUUCGUCUAGAUUUCGAGUUCAGCAAAUCCGUCUUCUCGCACUACCUGGAGAUCCAGCUUACAGCGGGCAGUGACAGUGACGAGGACGAGAGCACCAAGGGAGAUAACACGGCCCUCCUGCGCUUCCACCUCAAAUAUGAGGCUGACAUCCUCUUCACCAGGAGCAGCAGCCCGAGCCACUAUGAGGUCAAGCCCAGUAGCUCACUGGAGAGUCAAGACAGCAUUGGGCCUCCCUUCAACUGUGUUUUCAAGAUCCAAAACUUGGGCUUGUUCCCCAUCCACGGGGUGACAGUGAAGAUCACCAUUCCCAUCGCCACCAGGGGCGGCAACCGCCUGCUGAUGCUGAGGGACUUCCUCACCGAGCAGGUGAACACGUCCUGUAACAUCUGGGGGAACAGCACCGAGUACCGGCAUGCCCCAGUGGAGGAGGACUUGCGCCGAGCCCCACAUCUGAACCACAGCAACUCUGAUGUAGUCUCCAUUAACUGCAACGUGAGGCUGGCCCCCAACCAGGAAAUCAGUUUCCACCUGCUGGGGAACCUGUGGCUGAGGUCCCUAAAAGCACUCAAGUACAAGCUGAUGAAAGUCACUAUCAAUGCAGCCUUGCAGAGGCAGUUCCAUAGUCCUUUCAUCUUCCGCGAAGAGGAUCCCAGCCGCCAGAUCACAUUUGAGAUCUCCAAGCAGGAAGACUCACAGAUCCCCAUCUGGAUCAUCCUGGGCAGCACACUGGGGGGCCUCCUGCUGCUGGCCCUGCUGGUCCUGGCACUGUGGAAGCUUGGCUUCUUUAAAAGUGCCCAGCGCAGGAGGGAGCCCAGCCUGGAUUCCACCCCCAAAGCGCUGGAGUGAAGCUCCAGAGGAGGCUGCGAGCUGAUGGGGGCCAGGAGGCAGGGCCAGGCAGGGUGCAGGCCCUGGCCCACGGCCCACCGAGCUGGCGUGGAGAGGACCGCCAGCUCGCUUUGCACUUGAUCUCAUCUCCUGAGAGAUGGACAGAGCCUGCUCCCUCUGAAGGGAACUCAGACCAGUUUUAGGAGGGACUGCUCUACUGGGAGGCGAAGACACCUCCAACACAGAACCCUAGGGAUUUAAAGGGGCAGCCCCUCCAAGGCACAGCCCAAAGCCUUCCUUCCCCAGGUUCUGUGGGGAGGUUUGCUGCCCCAGCCACUAAGGUGCUAGGAAUCCCUACCCUCAGAAGAACCCCAGAGAGGAAGACUGCAAAUGCAAACCCACUCUGCACACCCCAGGCCUCUAGUUUCAACAGGACCCAGUGGGCCCGCAGAAUUCCGUCCUGUCCUCCCACCCCUGCUGCCGAAGGCCCUGAGUCACGCCCACCUGAGUGAACCCGACCUAAGGGUUAGGUGGUGAGCUGCUGCCUAGGUGUGAGAAAAGGCUCUGGGGCGUGGAGAUCUGACAGAUGGACAGUGGGACCCAGGAUACUAAUACGGGGCGCCACCACCAGCUGGGGAGGCAGCUCACGCUGACCUCCACCGGCACAGGCCCCUCCGCAGCCCCCGCUGCCACCCCUCCACGCCACUUUUGUUCCCGGGUACCUUGCGAGAUCAUGGGGAUGAUGCAAACCCUGGGGCUCAGCAUUCCCAGGUGGCCUUCCCAGCAGCCUGCCAUGACCCGCCGGCCUGGAUGCAGGGUGGGCAGCAAGGCAGGGGUGGGGAUCCUCCCUCCCUGCACCACAGCCUCCCUGCACACGCGUGAGCCUACGCACACAGCCUCCCAUCCGCCCACUAGUGCAUGGCAGGCUCUGCAGCGCCAAGGGGUCCUCUCUGACAUGAAGUGAAUAAAGCUGGUGCAGGGACCCCUGGGCCUGUGCAACCUCGGUGGCGAAGAGCUGACCAGCUGGCCCAUGGGACAAGUCCAGGGGUAGAGCCCCGAGGACAAGAGGGAUGCCUGGUGCCCAUUGGAGUAAUUUAUGCCUUAACCUUGUUUUGAGGUAGCAGUGAAAGGGGGAUAUGUCAAUGGCAUUUGUCCCCGUCCAAUACGACCUUUACUGUCGUAAAUAUUUUUAAGAAAUUAAAAAAAAAAAUACGGUG